AUGACCAUGCCUCCACUCAGCACUUUUUCGCCUUCCGUCGGUGUCGUCUCUUUCUGCAUCGCCAAGUCACAAACGACACUGGCCUACAUCCCUGCCAGUCUCUAUCUUCGUAAACAGUGCUCAGCGGACAUUCACGUUCUAUCCACCGCCGACAAUACCCCGUUAUCCGUAGGCUCCAAGAUAUUGACUUUCGAUCGGCCUAAAAACAAGAACGGCAAGCCAAACCUGAGGUUCCAUCAGGUCCUGGAUGUCGACGGAAACCUUCUUAUCGAAGUGGCCAAAAGAAACAAAUUAAGCAUUGUGUCCAGUGGCAGCAAUAAGGAGAUAGGUCAGGUCGCCCUGUCGAAAAAAGAUAUGGGCAGCUGGUGGACACGAAGAAAACUUGAGUCCCCAAUCGUACUCGACUUGACCAUCAAGAACAUGGCCGGCAAUCGAGAGCAAGUCACGCUCAAAAUACGAGCACGGAACAAUACGAACUCUGGCGGCGAUGUCUUUGUUGGUCAGCACGUCAUGAUGAGAUUCGAAAGAACAAGUGACUCUAUUUAUCCGGAAGCCUCGAAAUAG